AUGAAUCUUUCAAGAUUACCAAUGAAGAGGGCAUGCAACAAGAGACGACACAGAUCGUCCAUAGCAUCACUUCCCAAAGACUUGUUAGUAGAGGUGGUUGCGAGCGUGGCUUCUCAUUCUUUCAUCGAUCUUCACAACAUGAAAUUGUGUUGCAGAGGUUUUCUUGAUGCUGCAGAAGAUAAAUAUGUUUGUAAACAUGUUUCUUUGGAUAAGUUUCCACUAAUUCAGUGGAAUCCUAAAGAAAAAGAAUUGUCAUUCUUGAAGCGCUGCAGGGAAAGUGAAAAUAUGGAGAGCUUGUAUAGAGAAGGGUUACGAGAAUACUUUAGUUGUUCGAAUGGAGAUGGUCUUGGAAGCUUGAAGAAUGCUGCUCAAAAGGGUCACAAGGAAGCAAAGUAUGUGUAUGGUAUGAUCUUAUUAUGUUCCAAAGAUGAUGAGUUGAGAAAAGAAGGAAUCGAGCACAUGCGUUUUCUAAGAAAGUCCAAAUGCAUUAUAAGAUGCAGGAAGAAUGUGAAACGAUUAAUAAAAACUAUGUGGAAAAAUAAUAGAAUGUCAGCGCGCAAUCGCAACCCUCUAUGCCAAUGGAAGAGCACAUGCAAGGGUUGGGCUGUGAAGAAAGGUCGAUGGCAAUUACUAGAUGAUGAAGAUGAUGAUAUUGAGUUAUGUGAAUAUUGUAGAUGGGAUCUUGAGUUGCGGUUCUUCUAUGAUUUGUUCAAUAUUCAUUAG